AUGGCCGCCGCCAAGCUUCCCGAGGUUGAUCUUGCGACCAGAAUGCAAGUCGAUGAUUCCGUCGUCGGAACCACAGAGAUCGACGAGUCUCUAUACAGCCGACAGCUCUAUGUUUUAGGCCACGAGGCCAUGCGCCGCAUGGGCGCCUCCAACAUCCUCGUUGUUGGUCUCAAGGGUCUCGGUGUCGAGAUUGCCAAGAACAUUGCGCUGGCCGGUGUCAAGAGCCUGACGCUCUACGACCCUGCCCCGGUCCAGAUUGCCGAUCUUUCGGCUCAGUUCUUCCUGACGCCCGAGGACGUUGGCAAGCCCCGAGACGAGGUUACGGCCCCGCGUGUCGCAGAGCUCAACGCCUACACGCCCGUUAAAGUCCACCAGUCUCCUAGCAUCGAGGACAACUUUUCGCAGUUUGACAAGUACCAGGUGGUGGUGCUUACAAAUGCCCCGAUCUCGACACAAAAGGCUGUGGGCGACUACUGCCACUCCAAGGGCAUCUUCGUUGUCGUAGUCGACACGUUUGGCCUGUUUGGCUCCAUCUUUUGCGAUUUCGGCGAAAAGUUUACAAUCAUUGACCAGACCGGCGAAGCUCCCGUGAGCGGCAUCAUUGCCGGCAUCGACGAAGAGGGUUUGGUCUCGGCACUCGACGAUACCCGACACGGCUUGGAAGAUGGCGACUACGUCACAUUCUCCGAAAUCGAGGGCAUGGAGGCGCUGAAUGGCUGCGAGCCGCGUAAGAUCACGGUCAAGGGUCCAUACACCUUCUCUAUUGGCGAUGUGUCGGGUCUCGGACAGUACCAGCGCGGAGGCGUCUACCAGCAGGUCAAGAUGCCCAAGGUUGUCGACUUCAAGAGCUUCACAGCCGCUCUCAAAGAGCCAGAAUUCCUCAUCUCUGACUACGCCAAGUUCGACCGACCGCAGCAGCUGCAUUUGGGAUUCCAGGCCCUUCAUGCCUUCCAGGUCGCCGAAGGACGACUGCCGAAUCCCAUGGACGAGAAGGAUGCCGUCGUUGUCCUGGAGGCCGCCAAGAAAUUUGCUGCGGACGAGAAACUCGAGAUUGAUAUCGACGAGAAGCUCCUGAAAGAGCUCAGCUUCCAGGCACGUGGUGACCUUAGCCCCAUGGCAGCUUUCUUCGGUGGUAUCGCCGCCCAGGAGGUCCUCAAGGCCGUGUCUGGCAAGUUCAACCCCAUUCAGCAAUGGAUGUACUUUGACUCGCUGGAGUCACUGCCCACCUCGACCAAGCGAAGCCCCGAGCUGUGCAAGCCCAUCGGCAGCCGCUAUGAUGGCCAGAUCGCCGUCUUUGGCACCGAAUUCCAGGAGAAGAUUGCCAAUAUGAAGCAAUUCCUCGUUGGUGCGGGUGCCAUCGGCUGUGAGAUGCUCAAAAACUGGGCCAUGAUUGGCCUGGGAACUGGGCCCAACGGCAAGAUUUAUGUCACCGACAUGGACUCCAUCGAGAAGAGCAACCUCAACCGACAGUUCCUCUUUCGAGCCGCCGAUGUGGGCAGCAUGAAGAGCGACUGCGCUGCCAAGGCCGUGCAGCGAAUGAACCCAGAGCUGGAAGGCCACAUCGAGACGCUGCGAGAGCGCGUUAGCCCCGAGACCGAGCACGUCUUUGAUGACGCCUUCUGGAAGAGCUUGGAUGGAGUCACCAACGCUCUCGACAAUGUCGAGGCACGAACCUACGUUGAUAGGAAGUGCGUAUUCUACCAUAAGCCGUUGCUUGAGAGUGGAACCCUGGGCACCAAGGGCAACACGCAGGUUGUCCUGCCCCGCCUGACAGAGUCCUACUCCUCCUCGCAUGACCCCCCUGAAAAGGAAUUCCCCAUGUGCACGAUCCGAAGCUUCCCCAACAAGAUUGAGCAUACCAUUGCCUGGGCCAAGGAGUACAUGUUUGAGAAGUGCUUCGUCAAAGCUCCCCAGACUGUCAACCUAUACCUGACUCAGCCCAACUUCAUCGAGGCUACCUUGAAGCAAGGCGGCAACCAGAAGGAGACACUGGAGACGAUCCGCAACUACCUGACCACCGAGCGACCCCGGACCUUUGAGGACUGCAUUGCCUGGGCUCGCCAACUGUUUGAGACGGAGUUUUCAAACAAGGUCCAGCAGCUUUUGUACAACUUCCCCAAGGACUCCGUGACCUCGGGUGGCACUCCCUUCUGGUCCGGCCCGAAGAGAGCCCCCGAUGCGCUCAAGUUUGAUCCCAACAACGAAACGCACUUGGGGUUCAUCAUUGCCGCCGCAAACCUUCAUGCGUACAACUUCAACAUCAAGUCGCCCGGCAAUGACAAGUCCAUUUACUUGAAGGAGCUGGAGAAUGUUAUUGUGCCUGACUUUACUCCCGACUCAAACGUCAAGAUCCAAGCGGAUGACAAGGAACCUGAUCCCAAUGCCAGCAGCUUUGAUGACACGAACGAGCUCACAGAGCUCAGCGCCAGCCUUCCACCGCCUAGCAGUCUUGCAGGCUUCCAGCUGCAGCCUGUCGAGUUCGAGAAGGACGACGACACCAACUACCACAUCGACUUCAUCACUGCCUGCAGCAACCUAAGAGCCGAGAACUACAAGAUUGAGCCUGCCGAUCGACACAAGACCAAGUUCAUUGCAGGCAAGAUCAUCCCGGCCAUUGCCACGACGACGGCCCUUGUCACCGGCCUGGUCAUCUUCGAGCUGUACAAGAUCAUUGACGGCAAGGAUGAUAUCGAGCAGUACAAGAACGGUUUCAUCAACUUGGCUCUGCCCUUUUUCGGCUUUAGUGAGCCCAUUGCCAGUCCCAAGGUGGAGUACACGGGCCCUGAUGGCAAGGUGACGCUUGACAAGAUCUGGGACCGGUUCGAGGUGGACAACAUCACGCUCAAAGAGCUUAUUGACUACUUUGAGAAGAAGGGACUCAGCGUGAGCAUGCUCAGCUCGGGCGUCAGCCUGCUGUAUGCAAGCUUCUACCCGCCCUCAAAGCUCAAGGAGCGCUACCCGCUCAAGCUCAGCGAACUGGUGGAGCUGAUUUCAAAGAAGCCAAUUCCUCCUCACCAGAAGGAGCUGAUCUUUGAGAUUGUGGCAGAGGAUAUGGAGGAGAACGACGUGGAGGUUCCGUAUAUCAAGGUGAAGCUUGAAUAG